UGAUCCUACUUAAAACCAAAAAUAAGUAGCAUAUCAGCGGUAAGAACCCUUCAACAACACAACACCGUGGUUCAAACCAUCUCUACGAGCGGACGGAGGUACAUGAGAGAGAAACAAAUAUGGGUUUGAGUAGGAUACCAUGUCUGACAUCAUUGACCCAAUGAUUAUCAGACUAAUGUUAAUGUUUAUUAAUGGUUGGGUUUCAAUCAUUAAACUUGGAACCAGUCAUAUCACCAAAUGGGUUAUGGAUUUCAUGAAAACAAAGAUUCAACCCCAGUUUUGCAACGCAAUAAUAUAAUAAGAACCUUCUGAUGGCGACUGCCUCAGUCUCUUUGAACAUGGAAGAACAACAAAGAAACCUAUUCUUUUUUAAUGGAAAACCAGGAAGAGUCUUAGGUCAAAGCUUGGCUUUCCAUGGUGUGUUCCGUUUUUUACUUAAACUCAAAACUGUUAAUGGAAGAAAUUGCUUGCAAUACUGUUAAUGGCUGACUACGAUAUUAGCAAAAGAAACAUAGCAACCAUGAGAAAAUUUCCAUGUAUUUCCUUGCUUCUUUUUUCAUGCUUUUACAUGCAGGUUUACAAUGGAACAGUUGCAGCCACUGAUACCCUUUUCCAAGGUCAAAUCAUGACGGCCUCAGGUCUGUUAACAUCUUCUGGAAAUGCCUUUGAGUUGGGAUUCUUUUCAACUGGCUCAACUAAUCUGUAUUUGGUGAUUCGGAUGAAGAAUGUUGCAACCAAGGAUAUUGUGUGGAUUGCCAAUAGAGACCUUCCUUUCACUGGUUCAUCUAUGAUUCUCACCAUCAAUGAUGAUGGAUACCUUGUGAUUGUGAGUGGCAGAACAAGUUAUAGGGUGAGUGAUGAUCCAUCAUCAAGCCAAAACGUGAGUGCAACGCUGUUGGAUUCUGGGAAUUUGGUUCUAAGAGAUGGGAAUAUGGAUAUACUAUGGCAGAGCUUUGAUUACCCUUCAAACACUUUUUUGCCUGGGAUGAAGCUUGGUUACAAUAAUAAAACAGGGAAAGUUUGGUCUCUAACAUCUUGGUUGGAUGAAGAAGACCCAAAUAAUGGGGAUUUCGAGGUGAGAAUGGUAUCAAAUGAAGUGUUCCUCGUGAGGGGUACUGAAAUAUUAUGGAGUAGUGGACCUUGGAAUGGGCAUGGUUUUGAUUUGAUGCCUGAAAUGAGAUUGAACUACAUCUUCAACUACAGCUUGUAUAGCGAUGAAAACGAAGCAUAUUUUUCGUAUUCGUUGUAUAAUCCUGAACCUAUAACUAGAUUCAGCCUCGAUGUCGACGGACGUAUGAGAGAAUUUGCAUGGCUUGAAAAUUCUCAACAAUGGAAUUUGCUCUGGUCUCAACCAAAACAGUUACAGUUUUGUAGCAUUUUAAACUCUUGUGGCUCAUUCAGUAGAUGCUUUGAGGAUACUCAGAGUUGCGAGUGCUUGCGAGGUUUUUAUCCAUCGGAGAACCGACAAGGCCACAAUGGUGGAUGUAUCAGGAGUACGCCCCUAACAUGUGGGUAUGGAGAUAAUAAAGACAGAUUCUUAGGGAUCGAUGAUGUGACUUAUCCUUUAAGUGCCAUGCAGCAAAUCAAUGCUUCAAAUCCUUUUCCAUAUUUAGGCCCUCAAAUUUCGAUCUCCGAUGAGAAUUCGUGCAAAGAAACUUGCUUGAAUAACUGCAAUUGCAGUGCAUAUGCAUACAACACUACUGGCCAUUGCGCAAUAUGGUAUGGUGACCUUAUUAAUCUUCAACAAUUAUCAUCAAAUUAUCCAACCGGACAUAGAAUCUUUGUCAAACUUGCAGCUUCCGAAUUCAACAAUGGCAAAGCAGCCAAUUGGCUCGAAUGGAUACCUGCAAUUCCUGUUGUUCUACUGAUGCUUCUUACUGCAUCCUUCUUUAUUUUUCGGUGGAGGAAGAGUCUUAAAAACAAAGGGGAGAUGGAAGAUACAAGGCAGGAUAUACUACUCUUUGAUCUGGAGAUGAGCAUCACAUCUAGUAGCAAUGAUUUUUCGGGUUCCGAAAACUCUCGAAAACGGAGGAAGGACCCUGCCUUUCCACUGUUUAGCUUUGCUAGCAUAUCGAUAGCUACCGAAAACUUCUCCUUGGAGAAUAAGCUGGGGGAGGGAGGAUUUGGACCUGUUUAUAAGGGAAAACUAUUAAAUGGACAAGAAAUAGCAGUGAAAAGGCUUUCGAAACGGUCCGGACAAGGGCUCGAAGAGUUGAAAAACGAGACGAUGCUUAUAGCAAAGCUUCAACAUAGGAACCUUGUUAGACUAUUGGGUUGCUGUUUAGAACAAGGGGAAAAGAUAUUGAUCUAUGAGUUCAUGCCUAACAAAAGCCUGGAUUUAUUUCUUUUUGGUACAAACAAUGACGGGUUACUAGACUGGGGAACACGAGUUCGAAUAAUCGAGGGGAUUGCACAAGGUCUUCUGUAUCUUCACCAAUAUUCGAGAUUACGGAUCAUACAUCGAGAUCUUAAGGCAAGCAAUAUCCUGUUAGACAGUGAAAUGAACCCGAAAAUAUCAGAUUUCGGGUUGGCAAGAAUGUUUGGUGAUGACAAGUUACAAGCAAAUACUAAAAGGAUUGUAGGAACUUAUGGCUAUAUGUCGCCUGAAUACGCCAUGGAAGGCCUUUUCUCCAUUAAAUCUGAUGUGUUCAGCUUCGGUGUGCUGCUGUUGGAGAUAGUGAGUGGCAAGAAGAACACUGGCUUUUACCAUAGCAGUUCUCUUAAUCUAAUUGGACAUGCAUGGGAAUUUUGGAAAGGAGAUAAAGUUCUUGAAUUGGUGGAUCAUAGAUUGGAAGACCUAGUUUCAUAUCCUAUGCUGUACAGAUACAUUCAAGUGGCACUUCUUUGUGUUCAAGAAAUGGCUGCCGACAGACCGACAAUGUCAGAAGUUGUCUCGAUGCUUACCAAUGAACUUACAGUUCUAAAUUCUCCCAAACAGCCUGCAUUCUCUAAUUCAAAUCAGCCUUCAAGCACACCUGCAACACUUUCAGCCAAUCACAUAACAGUUUCUAUAAUGGAACCUCGAUAGUUUUUUCGAUCUUAGUUCGAAAGUUCCGAGAAUCCGCCAUGAUAUGUAGAUAGAGUUAAGCAAAUUGGGUGCGAGUCAGCUUAGUUCCAAGUCUUAUACUUUAGAAAGCCCGCUUUGCUAAGAAUGUACCUCUGUUACUUAACUUUAUAGAUAUCGUCCGUCAUGGGAAUCUAGUCCCUGUUGUACUCCUUUUUUAGUCUAAGCCCGUAUUGGGCUCCAACUAAAUUUGUAGUCGUGCCUAAGUUGGACAGCUGAAUAAAGGAAUAAAUUUUUUGGGGUUA